AUGGAAACAAGAAUUUAUCUUCUGGUUCUGCUCAUUGCUCUUAUUGCACAAGUAUACUGUCAAGACACGGCAGGUCCAAGGUCAACCUUUGGUGGUAGAACAGUCUUUGCUAACAAGGAGAAGGAAAUUUAUCACUCUCAAAUUUGGAAUAACCCAAAGCCUAAAAAUGCCCAACAAAAAGUGCAAGAUGCACUCAAAAAUCAAGAAAACUCAAAUUUGAGGAAGAUUCAGACUGAACAAUAUAUGAAGGAAUUUGAGAAAGCAGAGGACUACCUUUCACCUCCAAAGUCUCACCUUGAAUCACCUCAUGAAGAUUGAUAUACCCUAAGUUAUCCUGAGGAUGAAACAGCCAAAGAUUUAGAAUACGCCUUGCUCAAUGAUGCUGAAUCAUUAAUAGUCACAGUGUGGUUUUACAACUUUCAAAAUCAAUGGGGACAGAACUUGUACAAUCAAGAUGUUAGAGGAACACUCUGGAAACUGAUUUGCAAAUAUCACUCGUUUGUGACUUACACUGAGGCAGAUCUAUCUAAUUACAACAGUCAAGGAUCAGAUUAUAAGGCCUUGGCAGAGAAUUUAGGAAUAGAUUUACGAAAUAUAUUCGAUGGGCCUUCAGUCACUAUCUUACAUAACAAGUUUGGGGACGCACUACGAUCAGAAAAAGGCCCUAGAGACCUAAUAGUCAAAGUUGACGAUUACCUCAGCCAUAAAGAAGCUGAACUCUACAAUACAGAACCUAAAAAUUAUGACAUCAUUAGAGAGAUUUUAGCACCUAAUAAAUAUGACGAUUACAUGCCUUCUGAUCAUGUGGAGAAGAACCCUUCUCUGUAUCAGGACAAGAAUAAAAUGUAUGCUGCUCCUCUCAGACAAAGUUUGCACAUCUCUCCCAAGCCUCAGUACGAGCUCCCACUGCCAGUUUAAAUUU